UGUUUUGUGUGUGGCAGUGUGUGGAUUUUUUUUCCUUUUUCCACCUUUUUCGUUGACUCUCGCGUGUUAAAACCGUGCAAAAUGAAGGCUAAAGGAGAGCUUAAAGAAUAUGAAGUCAUUGGAAGAAAACUUCCAACAGAAAAGGAGAAGACAACUCCUCUUUAUAAAAUGAGAAUUUUUGCACCAGAUAGAAUUGUUGCAAAAUCUCGUUUUUGGUAUUUCUUGAGACAAUUGAAAAAAUUCAAGAAAUCAACUGGAGAAAUUGUAUCUCUUAAACAGGUGUAUGAAAAAUCACCAGUUACAAUUAAAAAUUUUGGAAUUUGGUUACGUUAUGAUUCAAGAUCUGGAACUCACAACAUGUACCGUGAGUACAGAGAUUUGACAGUAUCAGGUGCAGUAACACAAUGCUACCGUGAUAUGGGUGCUCGUCAUCGUGCUCGUGCUCACUCAAUUCAAAUCAUCAAAGUUGAACUUGUUAAAGCAUCAAACUGUCGCAGACCCCAGGUCAAACAAUUCCAUGAUGCCAAGAUUCGUUUCCCAUUACCCAAAAGAAUUCAACAUCGUAACCAGAUGCCAAGAUUUAGUGUACGCAAACCACGUACAUAUUUCCAAUAAUCUGUUACUUCAAUAAGGAAAUGAUGAUGAAGAUGUUGAUAAUAAAUACACAAAAAAUACAUAAA